GCUUUGAUUUUUGUUUUGCAGUCCAGCCCAUCGUCGCCUGAACCAGCCAGCCUUCAUGCAGAAGAUCUCAGUACGAAUUCUAACGGCCCAAAACCAGCAGAUGUUAUCCUUAGUGAUGACAGAGAAGACCUUUUUGCUGAAGCCACAGAUGAGGUGUCCCUGGAUAGUCCUGAGAGAGAGCUCAUCCUGUCCUCUGAGCCCAGUCCUGCCAUCACCCCUGUGACGCCCACAUCCAUCAUUACUCCACGGAUGGAAACCAUCAAUAUUUCUGCACCUGUUAUUUAUGACCGCUCAAGGGAUGAGAUUGAAGAGGAAGCAAAUGGAGAUUUCUUUGACAUUGAAAUAGGGGUUUCAGACCCAGAGAAAGUUGGGGACGGAAUGAAUGCUUACAUGGCGUACAAAGUAACAACAAAGACCUCAUUAUCUAUGUUCAACAAAAAAGAAUUUUACGUCAAAAGAAGGUUUAGUGAUUUUCUUGGACUUCACUCCAAACUAGCAACAAAGUACAUGCAUAUUGGAUAUAUAGUGCCUCCUGCUCCUGAGAAAAGUAUUGUAGGAAUGACUAAAGUUAAAGUGGGAAAAGAAGACUCUUCAUCUAAUGAAUUUGUUGAGAAAAGAAGAGCUGCCUUAGAAAGAUAUCUUCAACGAACAGUCAAACAUCCAACCCUCUUGCAAGAUCCAGAUCUUAGACAAUUCUUAGAAAGCAGUGAGCUGCCAAGAGCAGUUAGCACCCAGGCCUUGAGUGGAGCAGGAUUAUUGAGGAUGGUAAACAAGGCUGCAGACGCUGUCAACAAAAUGACAAUCAAGAUGAAUGAAUCGGAUGCUUGGUUUGAAGAAAAGCAGCAGCAAUUUGAGAAUCUAGAUCAACAUCUUAGGAAACUACACGCCAAUGUUGAAGCCUUGGUGUGCCACCGCAAAGAGCUGUCCGCUAACACAGCUGCAUUUGCAAAGAGUGCUGCUAUGCUGGGCAAUUCUGAGGACCACACAGCCCUAUCCAGAGCACUGUCCCAGCUUGCCGAGGUAGAAGAAAAGAUUGACCAGUUACAUCAGGAGCAGGCGUUUGCUGACUUCUUUGUGUUUUCAGAACUUUUAAGUGACUAUAUUCGACUUAUUGCUGCUGUGAAAGGAGUUUUUGAUCAAAGAAUGAAAUGUUGGCAAAAAUGGCAGGAUGCUCAAGUUAACCUACAGAAGAAACGAGAGGCAGAAGCCAAGCUACAGAUUGCCAACAAACCUGACAAGCUCCAGCAAGCAAAAGAUGAAAUUAAAGAGUCUUUUUUUAAGUGGGAAGCAAAAGUUCAACAAGGUGAACGGGAUUUUGAGCAGAUCUCUAAAACUAUUCGGAAGGAAGUAGGCCGAUUUGAGAAAGAUCGAGUGAAAGACUUCAAAACAGUUAUUAUCAAGUAUUUAGAAUCUUUAGUACAAACACAGCAACAGCUCAUAAAGUAUUGGGAAGCCUUUCUACCUGAAGCCAAAGCUAUAGCUUAG